CUGUUUCUCUUCUCUAGCCUGUGUAUCUUUUGAUGGCAAUUUUGAUAGAGUCAGUUUUCAGCUCUUUUUAAUCCUGGUUGCCCCGAUCAUCCAUGAUCCCAUCACUGUCUAGAUAUGUGUAGCCUUAUAUUCACCCUCUCUUGGUUGGGUUUUUUAUUUCAGUGCUUCAUACAGAUGCUGAGCUCACCAUCUGGCACUUUAAAAAUUGCACAGCUCUCUCCUUUUGGAAAUCUGACCACAUAUAUGAAAAAGCUGUUGUUCAGAGGAAAGAGAAUGCAGAAGACGGAACUAGGAAUCCAAAGUCCAGCCCCUCACCAGAAUUCCUUUUUUAACAAUCGCUUAUCAGGAGUUCAAUGCUGGAAGUACUAUGCAGCCCGAUGCGGAGAGAACUCGGCCACGGCCCAAAAAACCGGAUAUGGCUUUGUAUGUUCCCAGGGGACGGCGGGAUAUGGCAGUCUCAAAGACCAGUACCAAAUGUGGACAGGAAGAAAGCCAUUGCACCACAGGGAAAGAGAGCAUUAAGAAAUGUAAGCCAGGGAAGAGCGCCAGAACUGGAAGAAACCUGCUUCAUAGUAGUCAAGAAAAAACUGGUUUCCCUAGGCCAGCGAGAGAAGCUUUGUCUCUUGACUGGAGAAAUGACAAUGCAUUCUGCCAAAGCCACCCAAGUCCAAAGGUACACAAAGAGGAGAGACUUCGUUCCCAACAGAAGCCCAAAUUACACCAAUCCUUGCCUGCCUCUAACCUCGUAAACCCAAUGUCCAUAUCACUGCCCAACAGUGGGGUGGAGACACCUUUGGAGUGUUCCACUGCACCCAGUGCUAAAUGCCUAGAGCAGCUGGAGGAUCUCCAUCUUCAGGCAGGGCAGACUGAUAUAGUUUGCACUUUGGGACAAGCUCACACUGUUCCAUCAGCAUAUCAGGACCCCUUUUCUUUGCAAAGGACUCACACCCUUGGCAGGAUCAAGCAGUUAGGAGCACUUCUCCCAGACCAGGUAGGGCUGAGUGAAAGAAGUGUGCAAGAAGGCAGCAGUGGGUUAGAGCUCAUGGAUCAGAGACAGGUGAGUGAAGUGAGUGUGUUGGCUAGCAAGGAUAACAUAAUGGAGUCUGUACUCAAAGGUGAAUCAGAACCAACUAGAAUAAGACAGGGUGAAAUAUCUGAAAAUGGAAGCAACGAGGUUCCAGAUAGAACAGAAACACACAAGGAUGACUCACCAGUGUGUACAAGUGAAAGACUAUCUGAUCAGGCAGCAAUAGGCAAGAGUAGUCUGCUGGAGCACAUUGAUGAGAGCACUCUGGUUUGCACAGAGGUGGCUGGAUGUGAUCAAUUUCAAUGUCUAGAUGAGAACAACUCCAGCCAGACCAAAAUGGGUGGUGGGAGCACCCUGGAAUACACCCACAGACAAAUUGCAGAGCAGGCAGAACCAAAGGAAGACAGUAAAACCAAAGAUGAUGUUGCUCAGGCACAAAUAAAUGAGCAUUGCACACUAGAAAAUGGAGAAAUGCAUGAUAGUUCUGUGUCUAAACACAUGUCCGAGCAGAAGGGAGUGAGCCUGGAGCAAGUGUCUCACUACUGGGAUGGGAAUGUUUUGACAGGUAGCCUAAAAGAGAGUGCAAAUAAAGCUUUUCAAGGUAGCUCAGGUAUGGCAAUAGACCAUGGUUGUUCAGAUUGGCCCUGUGGGAGAUUAGAUACUUUGCCCGGUUGUCUCUUCCAUAGAGCAGAGGAUCAAACAGAACCUGUGUGUAGCAAUAAAGGUGGAGAGAAAGGCAGCUUCUCCAGUCCUGCCUCUAAGUGUGAAGUUGAUAUUUCUGAGGGUGCACAUUUGAUGGGAGAGGUUUGCUUGGACUUGGGAGAUCAAAACACUGAGGGCAGAGACAGUACUGCAUCUAACAGUUCUUCUCAAGGGGUUGCCUGCCAGUCCCUGGAAUAUGCCUCUGAGAAGAUGGCUUGUUCUUCAGAGAGCAUUUUGCCUAGCGGCAGGUCACCUGUAAGUCACACCUCUGUGGAACAAUCAACUCAUGGGGAUGUGCUCAUGAGGUUAAAGCACCCACUCAAUGCCGAGGCAGAAGGAGAAGUUGGACAGAAAACACCAUCCAGUUGGGAGGAACCUACUAGAACCUGUGCCAUUCGUGAGGAUGACAACAUGACUGAUGAGAGCUGGGAUGCUCUGUUUAGUGAUGAUGGUGAAUGCCUGGAUCCACGUUUGUUGGAAGGGCUGUCUGCCCGCACCCCAGCCACUACAGAUUUGCAGGAGCCACGGUUUGACUACUAUAACUACUCUCCAGCAGACCUGGACUUGAGCGACUCUGAGCUGCCACACGUCAUUGAGAUCUACGACUUCCCAGCUGAGUUCCGCACAGAGGACCUGAUGCGUGUCUUCUGCAGUUACCUGAAGAAAGGCUUUGACAUUAAAUGGGUAGAUGACACGCAUGCACUGGGCAUCUUUUCCAGCCCCAUCACAGCUCGGGAUGCUCUCACUACCAAACACCUGAUGGUGAAAACCCGUCCAAUGUCACAGGCAACACGUGCUGCAAAAACUAAGGCUCGAGCUUAUGCUGAGUUCCUGCAGCCAGCCAAAGAGCGCCCAGAGACUUCAGCUGCGCUGGCCAGGAGACUGGUGACAGGAGCUCUUGGGGUGCGGAGCAAACAAAGUAAGGAGGAACGUGAAGCCGAACGCAAGCAGUUGCAAGCUGCCCGAGGUUGGCAGAAGUUGGGGCUAACAACAGGAGCUCAUCCCGCUCCACGGAUUCGAAGUGCUGACCUUUCAGUCAAAAGGAAGCGCCUGGAGGCCAAGCAGAGGGAAGAUGCCUGGGAAGGCCGUGAGUGAACUAAUGCCUAUGCAAGGAGAUGGGAAGAGAGAUGACCACACUCGCCUGAGAUUGGCACAGAGAGGCAGGUUGUGUUUGUGUUACUGGGAAAGUCUUACCAUGGCAUUUGGGGUGAGCGGCAAGACAUGAGCAUGUUGUGGCCAUUCUUGAGUAGUCAAACCCUGCUAGAGAGAGUGAUAUGUAUGCUCAGGCAAAUAUCCUUCCUGGGUUUGUCCUAGAACUUGAAAGAGAUGGACGAGAGGCUGGCAGUGCCUCAAGAAGAAUUGGGCAUUGGGGCCAAAACCUUGGGUCAAGCAGUGUUCCUUGUGAGCUUUAUGGCUACCGCAAAGAUGUAAUCCUAAGGCCUAAGCACUGUUAAGUUGAACGUUUUGGAUUCAGUUUCAACCUGUUCUGUGAGCAGCAGAUAGACUCCAGACCAGUCCUGUGUUCAGUGGAACUGGACUAAGAUGCAGCAAUUUUUUUUAAAGAAUGGAUCCAUUAGGGUGGCCAAAUGGGCCCACUAUUGCAUUUGUCAUUAAAGUUUCUUUUUUCUUUUACACAA